UCGUCGUCUGGCUCGCUGGCUCUUGGUUCUUGAGUGGUAGGAGGUCCAGUUCCAGUCCUAGACCCAGAGUGUGUGUGACAAAAAAUCUUAAAAAAAACAAUAAAGAAGAAAUAUAAACAAGGACAGACCUGAAACAAUCGUAAAUUUAAAGCUCAGCAGGAUUGGCCUGUGGUGAAACCGUGUGUGUGCGACAUUAAUUCAAGGAUACAUUUACAAAGUCAAGGCGAGGAUUGGUUAAGAAUUUAACGGAACACAGGCCCCACAAUGCGCUUCUUUGUUCUCUCCACGCUCCUGCUGGCCUCUUUGGCCCUCUGCCAGGCCCAGUCCGCUGGCGUCGAAAUUCAGAGGCAGCGCCUGGUCAAGUUUCCCGAGGAGUUCGAGGCCAGUGCAGCGCCUCCCGCCUCGGAGAAAGCGGACGAGGCCAAGCGCAUCCUCGAGCAGAUAGCCAAGGUGAACGAGGCCUUCGGUUAUGUGAAGAAGCAGCCGGAGCAGCCCAAGCUGCCGCCGAUCCUCGACUCCAGCCAGUACCUGUUUCCCAAGCCAGCACAGCAGCCCUUCCACGCCCAUCAGCACCACUUUUCCGGAAGCAAUGGUCAGACCCUGCUCGAGCCCUCAAUUCGCGCCGUGAAGCUCACAAGGAAUGUGGCCCCAGUGAACUACAAUGUGCCGCCUAGAUUGCGACAGGGGCAGGAUAAUGCCCAAUCCAAGGAGCCGGAGAAGAAGCAGGAAGAACAAAAGGAGCAGCUUUAUUUCCGACCCAACCAAGUGGAGCUACCCAAGCCCAGUACGCCGCAGGAGGCCCAACAGCUGCCCGCCCACUUUGUGAUUCCCGUGCACCUCUACAAGCUGAACAAGGAGCAGUAUCUCAAGGAGCACGCUCCCCAGGAGUACCGGGUCAAGGGGUACAAGAUCGUGGGCGAUGUGGAUAGCUUCUAUGGCAAGGCCAAGGCUGCAAAGGCCAAGCAGAGCAAGACCACGCCCAAGUACCAUCUCUUCUUCCUGCCCCGCGAACUGGCCCUUAACGAGGAUGGAACUCCCAAGAGGGGUAACUCUACCACAACAACAACCACACGGUCUCCUGCUUCCCCUUUGAGCUUCAAGGACUCCCGCGAGAAGCUGAUGCACAAGCCCCAGAAGAUUCAGCCCAGCUUGGCUCCGGAACAGAUCAACCUGAACUCGGUGAAUCGCAAGAAAGUUGGCUCCACAGCGAAGCCGGUGCGUUUGAGUGGCAAGGAAGCCGAACAGCAGGGAUCGGUAUCGGGAUCAGUAUCAGGAUCUAUUAAGGCUACAUCUGCUCCUGUUGCUCUCAGCUCAACCUUGCCACCUUCCGGCGGUCUUCUGCCCAACCACAAUCGCUUGAAUCCCUUCCGCAUGCCCGGAAUGAACAUCGCCGAGAUGCAGAACCAAACCUCGACGGCCAUCAAGAAUGCCUUCCAGAAUAUAUUCAAGCUGCCAUUCCGACCACCGAUGGCAUCUUCGCCAGGAACGGGUCCCGUCAUUGUGGGCAGUAUUCCACAGAAGAAUCAGGGCCUCGAUUCCAUGGACUACAAGUGGGACGAUGACAACGAGGGCGGCGGCGAUGGCAUGUCGGAUGAUCUGGACACCGUGGAGAACACAGCGGCCGAGCUGCAGGACAGCAGUGCCUCCUCAGAGAAGCUCUUGUUCCCGCACAGGACGCACAACCUGGCUCAUGCUAUUGGCCAGGUGGCCACCGCCCAGCAGAGCACCCAAAAGCAGGCACUCCGCGAGGGAGGAAUCAUCAUUCAGCGGCUGAAGGUGCGCAAGGGUGGCAUUGCGAUCGCGGGACCAGGAGGCGUGGCUACCGCUGGCAGUGGCGGCACGGCGAUUGUGGGUCCUGGAGGCUAUGCUCUCACCCAUCCGCGCAGCCUAACCAUCGCGGGACCAGGGGCCAAGGUGAUCUCGAUACCGGCCAAUGUGGAUCUGAAGGACGCGCUGGCUCGCACCGAUCUGGAGGCGAGGAGUUUUCCGCAGGAGGGCAGGGUGGUGGCCACAGGACCGACGGUCUACUAUGCUCCUCCCACGGCGACCAUGGAGGAGGAGGAGGAGCAGCAGGAGCAGGGGGGGUUUUGAGUCUGAGGCUUGACCAGAUUAGUUAGGAACCGUAGUUGGUAUUGUCUAGUGUUCUAAUAAAUGUUUGUAUUUCCCAAAUCUCCGUGCUUUGUGCUUUCAUCUGUAGAUGUAUAUAUUUACUAUAACAUCCUGGUGACUAAACCUCAUGAAUCCCCACCUCCUGGCAUGCCAUAUUAACCCAUUAAUCCGAUCUGCUUCAAUAUCUUCCCACAAACUAACCCCCUUUUUGCUGUAAAUAUUAUCGGACUAACCGGCGGCUCUCUCUCCAC